AUCUUUGUUGGAGGUUUGUCAUGGGAAACCACGGAACGGGAGCUCGGUGCUGCGUUUAGCCGAUUCGGCAAGGUUCUGGACUCGCAGAAUUUUCUCCUGGGAUGCUUUGGCAUAUGAGCUAGCCCCACAAUAUUCUGACAAUUUCUUCUCAAGGAGAGUUGUAUUCUGAUGCUGCCAAUGAUAUUUGAUAUUCACAAAAUGUGGUUGUGCAGAAAAGCAGUUUGGAUCAUCAAUUAUAAAUGGACAAAACUCAUGUUUCUGCUGAUAUUUUUUUGCAUUUGAGCGCUGAAAUUUGGUUAGAUGUUGUUAUUUUGCCAUGUUGAGUGCAUCUGCCUAGCUCUUUCUCAUCUCAACACUUUGACCUUCGGACUUAUUUUUGGCCAGUGAUGCUUGUAUUGUUAUGGCUGGGUUUCUGAUGUUCUGGAUUAAGUUUGAAUGCCUUUAGAAAAUGUUCUUUAUCAUUGAUCUGAAGAAGGCAUUUUUCAAUUAGAUCCCACAUAGUAUCAUAAAAUAGCUUUACUCCACAUUACACGAUAUGUUUAGCUUUGUUUCAUAGACAAUUAACUAUACAGCAGCUCGUUUACUUGUGAACCCUUUUCUGUGUUUCUUGGGCAAAUAUGAUAAAUUCUCUGAUGGUUAGUAGUGCUUUCAAGAAGGAUGAGUGCGAAGCAUGAAGCUAUUUUGCUCACAGAGUGUCAGCAUGUGUCGGCAGAUACAGUCAACCAUUACGCUGCUUUAUUGCGGCAGUGCUUGGAAAUAUAAAGCUCCUCCUUACAAAUAAUUGUUUACUUAUUCUUUUAACUGAGAUGGUUUGUUGAGGAUGAGCUAUAUGGUUAAUUCUCCAUUUUGCUUCUUGUCGGUUCAGUGACAGCCAAUUGCCAAUGCAUAUCUAAAUGCUUAAUGAAUCACUGUGGUUGGUUUCGGUUGACACAAAUGAUUAUUGUAGUUUUGGUUUGUUUGGUUAGCCAUGAAAUCACAUCCAAAGUCAGAUCACACUGUGUUUUCUUGAGAGUGACCUCAGAUAUCUGUUGUAAUUUUUUUACAAUUACGUCAGCUUCAAACUUUGAAUAUUUGUUAGUUUUGACUGUUCCAGUUAUUAAUCCUAGUUUGAUCCUGCACAUGGACUUUUCUAUGGUCCAUGACAGUUGAUUUAGGUGAACUUAUGCUGUGAGGGUUGAUAUCUUUAUUGGAAGCUUACCCUGUCAAAGCAGAAUUUUGUGAACCUUGCUCGUGGUUGUGGCAAACGUAACAUUUUCUGCACUUUCAUUAAUUUUGUUGAUAUUGGUCCUUUGGAGCAGACUUGCAUUUCAUAGGCCACUUGUUAGUCUUCUUUUGUGGCCUGUAGGUUUGGUCAGGCCCAAUCACUAGAAUUCUAAUUUGUUUUACUUUUUCUGCUUGUCGUGAGGCACUUUUUGUCUUGUGAUAACCUGGUAAAUUGUGACCCAAUAUCUCCCUUUGGAACAAGCUCUAAUGUCUCAGCAGAAAUUGAGUAAAUGUUUGAUUUGUAAAGUGCAUUGUCAUUCAUUUGGCUGUUUGGUCGGUUUACAAGACCUUGUUCUUUGCAACGAUUGGUAUGCAUUUUUCCUUAAUUCAGUCAGAGGCAGUUUCUGCUAGUUUUGGCAUUAACUCCUGCUCAGAGAUCUGUGGUAGUUUGACGAGUCACUUCAACGAUACUAUAAAGAUUUUUGGUGCGAUUUUUCUGCUUCUUUGUACUUAUAUUGAUUGGUUAGGCUAUUCUGUGAGGAGAAAUUGAUAGAAAGUAUUUUUCUGAUAUUUUCUUUUACUAAGAAUGACAACUCAGUGAUUGAUUUUGCUGCUGAUUGGAUGUUUUAUCUGUCAGUGUUCGCUUUUGGUUCACUCAACUUUUUCAGCUGUUUAGUAAUCAUCUCCUGAUAAUGUUAAAAAAUAGUUGUUUGAGUUGUUGGUCGAUGUCAUCAUGGUUCAAUUGACACAAAUUUCUAGUUCAGCGGUGGAUAUACUUAAAAGGUUGACAUAUAGGAAACAGUUGAAUUUCAGAUGCUUCUAAAUGUCUUCAUGGACAUGAUUAGUGCUUCUUGAUGCUGUGUAGCUGCAUAACUUCUGACUACUGCAAUGGGCAAUAUUUCGACCAGGAGCGAUAAUCUUGUAAAAUUGGGUAAAAGCAUCCGACUUACAAAGUGGGCAGUAUCAUACUGGAAGAUGGCUUAAUUAAGGACGGAUGAAAUAGAAGUUGCGAUGUUAAUUUUACUGCAGUAAUGGUUUUAAAGAUAUUGGCAUCACCCACAAGCGGAUAUAAGCUUCACUUUCUUGCUGAAUUGAGCUUUGCAGUCAGUCUUCAAAUUGGCCAAUUAUGGUUGAAAGAGAUACAGGGCGGCCUCGUGGGUUUGGAUUUGUGACUUUUGUUGACAGACGUGCGAUGGAGGAUGCUAUUAGUGAGAUGCACAAUAAAGAGCUGAACGGUCGACAAAUAUCAGUAAACAAAGCCGAGCCAAGGGUGGGGUCGGAUGAUCCAGGCUAUGGUUAUGGCAGUGGUGGCUACUCUUCUGGUGGUAGAGGAGGUUAUCGCGGUGGUUCUGAUGACCUACCACCACCUGUCCAUUCUGAUUGUUUCAAGUGUGGACGCCCAGGACAUUGGGCUCGUGAAUGUCCAUCUAGUGGAGCAGGUGGAGGAAAAUUCUCUUCUCGCUCUAGAAUUGGCAGAGGUGGUGAUGGGGGUGGUGGUGGCCGGGAUAGAUUUGGCGGUGGAGACCGCUACAGCGAUCGUCAUGUGGAUGAUCGGUAUGAUGGAGGCCGUUAUGGAGAUCGGACUCGUCUUGAUGGAAGGGACAGUAGUAGGUACAGUGGUGGUGGUGGUGGGGGCCGUGAUCGCUAUGUGAAUGACCAUUACCCUCCUGCUAGCGAUCGCUUUUCUGGUAGCAGAUAUGGCAAUGGACCCGACAGAUCUAUGCAUGAUGGAUACAGCAAAGAGCGGAGCUUUGACAGGGAUGUGGGGCCGCGAGGUGGUGGUGAUAGAUAUGUGUCUGGUGGACCAACGAGAUAUGAGGGGGGUGGCGGCGGCUAUCGUGACAGGCCUGGGCCGUAUGACCGGCCCAGCAAAGGUGGCCGUCCAUCCUAUGAUGAUCGCUAUUGAUGCAUGCUUGCCUCUGUUUUUUCUCCAGAUGUUGAUGGUAGGAGCUUCUGCAGUAUUGUGUGUUAGUAAAAAAACUGAUGGAACAGCUAUCUACUUUUUGUUUUAUGACAGGACCCAUCUAUGAUUCACUCCAUGCUCUGGUGUUAUAAGCUGGGUUUGCAGCAGAAGUUGUUUGCUUGUAGUUUUAAGUACUUUAAGUUCUCACUGGUGCUCUAGUUGUUUUGUGACGGUAACUGUAGUAUGUGCUUUGCUAUGCUGAGGUCUGCCUUUUUAUGCUGAAAAGUAUCUGCAUUUCAUGCAACUGCUAUCCGUUUUUGUUUCUCAUUUUAUCAGUUACAGCUAGAAAUUGCUUUGUCAUGGUUAUCAUGGAAAGAGUUGAGGUCUUUUGCAGAUUCAGAGCAGUUAAAGAUCUGCUGCAAAAAACUUGCUGCCUGGAAAGAAAGGUAAAAUAGAAUGAAGAAUUCCUGUGAUUGGGCUGUACUAAUCCAAGAAAUAGAACCGGCUAAUAUUCUCAUUUAUCAUAUAAAAAGUUAUAUUUUCAAAUGUUCAUCAUUCCCUAUUUAACUGGCAUGCAGAUAGAUGGUUUGGCUGAAUUGAGCCUACAAAAUUUGAUUUAGAAUGCCUCUAUUUGUUUAUAGCGACCUACCUGCGCAGUUCGCUUAUGCUUGCUUUCUUUUUGGCAUCUGUAAGAGCAUGUCCCUGAUUACUGAUGUUAGCAUGCAGAGGAUUAUAGCUCUUGAAAUCAAGAUCGGCUUAUUAGAGAACCUUUUGCUUCUGAUGCACUAUCUUCAGAGAACGAAUAGAAAUCAGAUGAUAUAUUGUAGGACAUGUAGUCGGCAUUGUUCUCUGUAAUGGAAAACCACCUCUCUAUUAGCUGACUUGCUGAAAGUAUGUAAGCGGGGAUAUGCUGAUGGAUAACUGAUAAUUGAACGAAACAAGAGAUGAAUCGGAUAUGAAGCACGUGAGGGGUUUAUCAGUUUUUUUUUUUCCUUUAAUCAGGAAGAUGUAUCAUUAGGUGUUUGGAGAAAAUUGAUUUUGACAUAUAUUUAUGCUAUACUGAAGAAUGCCAACUGUUCUAUCGUGGCCA